GAACUUUUUUCGCCGUUGCAGGAUCUGCGUGUUGAAUAGACACGAAGUGCAUUGCAGAGUCUCCAUCCAAGGUCCGUGCCACCAUGCAUCGGGCCCCUGCCGCUACAUGUACCCGCAUAUUGGUGCUUCUCUCUGUCCACAGGCGCCGUGUGUGGAGCUGUGGAACGCUCUGCCGACACCUUUCGACCACUGCUGCCUCAAUUCUACCACAUCAGCUCUCGCAAGGCUUCACGCGUCGGCCCCCAGCAUUUUUUGCUCAUUCGGCUGGUGCAGCUGCGUGUUGGUGUUGCCGUUGAGAAGCAAGCUGAGGAGCGAUGGCGUCGAAGAAGGACAAGGACUAUUUCGCCGAGAGUGACCCGUCCGACAGGCUGCUCAAGUCAUUCUUCCAGAGUGAGCGAAGAGGGCUGGCUGUCUCAUGGGGCGGGGAGAGGGGGAGGGAGGGAGGCCAGCGGUGCGGUGCACGAAUCGAAUGCACGUGCACACGCGCUGCUUUGUCACUGUUGUUUGUGUGCUGCAGAACAUUUUUGCCAGGGCCUCUUUUGGGGCAAGGUGAUCUAUAAGGUCAGCAAAGCCCUACCGUCUCUUUGCCCGAAUGGUGUUCGUCCAGGCGUCACAUAUGUGCUGUGUGAAAUGUGUGUAUGUUAGGAGAACGUGGUUCCCGCGAGCCGCGGCAGGGCGGUCAGCUGACAGACCCAAUUCGUCACGAAACAGAGAACUGCGCACCUUUUGUUUUCUUUGUUGUGCGUUGGUUGACAUUCUCUUUGCUUAGGGGAGUCCUCAGCUGCGUUACUUCGCCGUGUACACUGAUAACGAUUCGGAGCACCUCACGAAGAAAGAAGUCGAGUACGUAUAUAUUGAAACACCUGGAAAGACCCUUCGCACCGCACCACCGCUUUGCAUUGACUUGGUGUGUCAUGUGUGCGAUGCAUGCAGGCUGUUGGUGUCGAGUACGGAGGGCUUUCCCGAGAUGCAGCACCAGCGCGCCCUCAACAAGCUCGAGAAGGAACACAUCAAGGAGAAGAAACAGGAAAUCGACCCCAAGCAGGACCAGGACAGCCCCGACCACCCCCACCGCCGCCCCCGCGCCCCCCCUCGUGGCCAGAAGAGACAAGACACACCUCCUGCUGCUGCGGCUGCGGCUGCGGCUGCGGCUGCUGCUGCUGCUGGCGGUUCCCCGGUUCGGCGUGUCGUGCACAGCAGCAGAGACCCUGACGAUGAGCCGCUGGACGCCCUCCGCAACAUCAAGAAGAACGAGAGGGAGAAGCGCACCCGAUGCAGCCCCCGACAGACCGCAUCCCGCGAGCAGCAGGGCAACCCUCUGAGCAAGAAGAAGUGUCCCAUCGCCCCCGUCCCCCUCCUAGCAUUCAGCGAUGGACGUCCAUACUACGGGCCCCCCAUGUUCGACCGCAGCGGUGAGGAGAUGGUCAGUGAGGAGGACGAGAACCUCGAGACCGAGGGGACCAACCCCAAGCCGCCGUCGUUCAUCCGCGGCGCUGCGGCCCACCCUCUGCUGGAGCCGGGAGAGGCGGCGGCUGCUGCUGCCGGGGUGGCGUCUGGGGGUGGUGCUGGUGGGAAGGGGGCCGGUGUGGGGAUGUAUCGCGUGGGGCGCAUGGCCAUGGACGGCCUGGAUGAGAAGGAGGAGCAGAGGCAGGGGAGGGACCAGGGUGAUGGUCUGCGUGAGAAGGAGGCAGGUGCUGGUGCUGGUGCUGGUGCUGGUGGUGGUGGUGGUGCUGUGUUAGAGGGGCUAUUGGGCGGUGGGUGCGGUCAGCAGGGGCAGGAGGGUGAGCGGUCGACCAGUCAGGUCCAACGGAUGCCGGCGGCGGCGGCUGCACCAGCAGUUGCGGUUGGUGCCAACCGACACGCCAAUCGCACGCAGGCAAACAACACCGACGGAGACAAAGCUACCCGACUCAAUGUAAGUAACCAGCCCAACAACAAGAAGCGAUGGAUGCAUGGAUCGAUGGAUGGGAAUGUUGUUCUUGUGUGUUGUGUUGUUGGGUCGGUGCUUCAGGCUGCUGAGAUGACUGUAGAAGAUAUCAAUCGCUUUGUCGAGUACUGACUUGAACAUGCGUGGCUGGAGGGAGAGAGGGAACUAACGGACCUGCUCGCAAUAUGGAUGGAUGGAUGUGUGCAUUCAGGGCCAAUGGUGGCAGCGGGCUGUCAGGGGACUUCUGGACCGUCGAAGCCCUCAUCAACAUGCCCGUCGAGCAGGUACGUCCACUGCACGCAGAACGACAAACGCCAUCACGCGCUGUCUGCCACGUCUCUCUGUCGCCUCUUGCUUGUGUCAGCUGCUGAACGUCUUCAAGAGCACGGCGGCCAAGCAGGUGUCAGCCGAGGACACGCCAGCGAGCGGCUCGUCGGUGGUGCCCCACGGCAACGGCCACGUCGACCGCAUUCUCUUCGAAGCGGUGCAUUUCCUCCGCACCCAACUCGACUCGCGCCGCAAGAUCAUGGCUGCUGCCGCCGCCAAGGAGAUGGAGGGGGAGAGGGAGAGGGCCCAGCUGCAGGCACAGGCCGCACAGCAGCGCUCGCACACACAGACCACAGACUGACUAACUAUACGGGUGGAGGGAGGGUGUGGUAAGUUCGGCUGCUUUCAUGACGAAGAGCGUAUGCAUGUGUGGGGUUUGGUUUGCUGUAG